ACGGUCUCCCACCAGGUAAGCAACGCGCGUCGCAAAGCACAGCGAGUAAUCAUCAACCAACAGCUCCGACGAUCUCAAACGUUCUCGGUCAGGCCUCAACGUUUCAGUUCCUAGAUCCCAGUAGCGCAAUGGCAGCUGCUCCGUUCGCGAUCGCCAGCUGCCUCUCCCCGGCCGCGCGCCUCCCUGUCCGCGCAUGGAGGGCGGCGAGGCCGGCGCCCGGGCUUGUGGCGUCCGGGAGGGCCCGCUCCCUCUCCGCGGCGUCCGCGGCGCAGGAGGACAGGGACAACGCCGUCGACGUCCAGGUCAGCCAGAACGGCGGCAACCGGCAGCAGGGCAACGCCGUCCAGCGCCGCCCGCGCCGCGCGGCGCCACUCGACAUCUCCCCGUUCGGGCUAGUUGAUCCGAUGUCCCCGAUGCGGACGAUGCGGCAAAUGCUGGACACGGUGGACCGGCUGUUCGACGACGCCGUGGGAUUCCCCAUGGCGAUGCGGAGGUCCCCGGCGGCAGGCGGCGGCGAGGUGCGCCUGCCGUGGGACAUCGUGGAGGACGAGAAGGAGGUGAAGAUGCGGUUCGACAUGCCGGGGCUGGCGCGUGACGAGGUGAAGGUGAUGGUGGAGGACGACACGCUGGUGAUCCGCGGCGAGCACAAGGAGGAGGGCGCGGAAGGCGCCGGUGGGGACGGGUGGUGGAAGGAGCGCAGCGUGAGCUCGGGCGACAUGCGGCUGACGCUGCCGGACGAGUGCGACAAGAGCAAGGUGCGCGCCGAGCUCAAGAACGGCGUGCUCCUCGUCACCGUGCCCAAGACCGAGGUGGAGCGCAAGGUCAUCGACGUGCACGUCCAGUAGCGUUUUUUCAGCUCAUCAAGGGAUGAGAUGCUCUUCUGUAUGUAGCGUGCAUCUCACUCAUCCAGCUUUCUCUCCGCGCGCGAGCAGAUUGUGUGUUGUGUGUAAAUGCUGCUCGCAAUCAAAGGAGGAGAAUAAUGUGAAUAAAACUUUUUAACUCUUCUAUUCGGUA